CUUGACUUUGAACCGAAACGCAUCGAAUAAUAUAAUUUUUUCCUUUCGAAACCGAUUAAAGUAAAAUAUAGUUCUGCAAUGGAUUGUGGCGGAGUUUUUGUGAAAUAUGUGCUUUUUGUAUUCAAUAUACUGUUUGUGAUAUGUGGCAUUUUGCUUAUCACCUUCGGCUCCAUUAUGGUGUCAACCAUAAAGGAUUUCUCGGGUGUCGGUGAGACCUUCACAGCCAACAGCGUGGCCAUCAUCAUCCUGGCCCUUGGAUGCAUCAUCUUCCUGGUGGCCUUCAUGGGAUGCUGCGGUGCCAUCCGCGAGAAUUCCUGUGCCCUGACCUCGUACUCCGUUGUUAUGCUGGUGCUGCUGAUCAGUCAGCUGGCUUUGAUUAUCUACGUUUGGGUGGACCAUGUGCAGAUUCAGCAAUCCCUGGAGAAGAUUGUCCAAGCCAUUUGGGAUCAACGCAAAACCGAUGCUCUUCUCAUGGACACACUGCAGCGAUCCUUCAAGUGCUGUGGUCUGAACGGCUUUGCUGAUUACGGCAUUACGUAUCCCGCCUCCUGCUGCGACUCACCCUCCAAUGGAACCUGCGCACUCACCCAAGUUAUGACGCGAUCCAGCUGCCUGAAAGCCGUCGAUUCGUUCUGGGACACCAAUGUGAAUAUCAUCAAGUACGCUGGUCUAGGCGUGACCGCUGUUGAGCUUGUGGCCUUUAUUUUCGCUUGCUGCCUGGCCAACCAGACCCGCAACUCCCAGAGACGCCAGAACUACUAACCUUAAAGCAUCUUAUAAUGUAGAAUUAAGAUUAUCUCCCGACCAACUAAACGACAUAAAGUAAACAUAUAAAUAAAUAAACAAAUAUAAA